GGUUUGGCCUGCGAUGCUACAGUCGUACUCGACAUGGCGAGAAGAAGAUGCUAAACAUUCUAUACAUAUAAAGAUAGAUAGUUCCGACUUGAACCGUAAAGAACCUGUGUUUUGGCUGGAAUGCUCAACGAACCUCAACAAGUACCUUCGAAAACAACGACGCUUUCCACGAACUAUAUCUGACUUCAGGAGACUGGCAGUCUACUUGACCCAUGCCUAUUCUAAUGGGUUUGUACCCGCGCUACCCAAAGCAACCAACCCCCACAACUUGCAACGAUGGCUUGAUAUCAUUUGUCGUAACGAUCGAUUAAGUGAAUCCGAAGCCCUUCGAGAGUUUGUAGAAUCAGACGUGGGAUUUUACCCUCAUCCAGUCAAACCUCCUCCUCGUCGCCGCGCAACGUCUCUCUUGUCUACGGGAUCGGGGUCUUCUGAUACGGUGGAGGACAUUGAUUUCGAUUUCGUUGAAACGAAGCGCGCUAUAGAAGAAUUUGAGCGUCAUAUCACUGUUUGCAAUAGGAAAGGUGAAACGGAAGUCACCUACAGACGAGAACUUGCUGUAGCAGAAUCCGACCUUGGUUCAGAAUUCGUUAGUCUUGGGGCCAUUGAGAGGGAGCCUGGAUUGUUUCUUGUUUUUAAAAAUAUGUCCAAAGCAUUUAAUUUGGUAGCGGAUUUGGAACGCUCAAAGGCAGUUUCGGAAAGUGUCACGAUUCUGGAUCAAAUGAAGUAUCAAUUGCUCAACUCUCAAGCUGCACAAGAAACACUGCAAGUGCGGUUAAAAGCGUUAUCAGAAUACCGGGAAUGUAGUCGAUUAACCCAAACAAGAUUGAGAGCUAUGGAGCGUUUAAAGUUUUCUAGUUCUAUUGAUCAUGGCAGCGUGAAUGAUGCCAUCAACGACCUCAGAGAUGCUAAAGCGAGCGAAGCAGAGGUUAAGCAAAAAUUUGAAACGCUUAAUUCGGGUAUCAAACGGGAUAUCUGCGAGGAUUAUCGUCAAGAUGUGAGCGAGGAUAUUAGAAGAGCUAUAGCCGACCAUGUCCGAGCUCAGAUCCGCAUUCACAAGCGACAACUUCAAGUCUUUGAAAGUCUUCGACCCUACACCACCGACGUCACUUCUAGGAUCUCAUCUGUUUCCAUUCACUUUAAUUUGAACGAAGCCCCUGAUAAUGUCUCCACCAUAUACUAAUUAGCUCACGGAAGAAGUUCAACAUUCUUCUCUUUUUUUUUUAUUUAAAAGAAAAACAACUUGUAUACCCUUUUGGUUGUAACAAUAUAAUAAUCAACGUCUUUCCCCUUUCCAAGGCUGAUAUCGAAUUUUGGUUACACUAAUGGCCAAGCUUUCAGGGUUUCACAGGAUUGGAAACAGGAAAUUAUGCUGUGAAAGGUAUCGAAUACAAAUAGAUAAUGUGAUA